AUGGCCGAGAGUACGAAGCGCCAGAAUAAUGCAGCAGGAAAAGCUCCGGUUGCGACGCCUAAUGUUGGCCAGCUCGUAGCGCUCGAGACUGCGAUGAGUGGAGCUAUUGGUGGAAAAGUUCGCGUCCAAACCACCGUCUCCGCGCAUCCCACCCUCGAAGGCACCCUCUACACUAUCUGCCCCCUCACCCACAUCGUCGCCCUCUCCACCACUCCUCCAAACACAAUCCAUCACCUCCUCUCCCUCCCAUCUAUAACAACGCUCACCAUCCUCUCCCCACCCCCCUCAGUUCCAGCGCUCCCACCGUACCUCUCUACCACGGCCCUCCACGCCCGCGCAGCAGCCGCUCUGCAGCGCGCCCACGAAAAAGCUAGCAGGGUCAAUAGGAAUGUCAGUAAAGAAGCGCAGGAGAUAUUCGAUGCGAUCAGCAGGAUGUUGCCGACAAGGUGGGAUGGGAAGGAUAUUGUGGUCAUGGAUCAGGUUGUCGUCAAGGGCCCAGGGUAUAGAAGUGAGGACUGUAGGGCGGGGAAAGAGGCUGGGUCGGCGUUGGCUAGGGUGAAAAAGGUGCUCGAGAACGAACGCAAGAAACUUGCGCAGCGCGAGCCCAAGGUGCCCAAGCCUGUCAUACCGGCCGUUCCUGCCAUUCCAACUUUCUCCGGAGGACCCAGGAAGGGAGGAUGA